CCGGCGCCUGCGCUUCCCGCUUUUCCGGUUAGUUGCCGGUGACAGCUGAGAGGUUUAUACACAUCUAAUGGCAUCUUUUCAGAGAUCUAACAGCCAUGACAAGGUGCGAAAGAUUGUUGCAGAAGAAGGACGUACUGCUAGAAAUCUUAUUGCUUGGAGUGUUCCAUUAGAAAGCAAAGAGGAGGAUGGUAAACCCAAGUGGCCUUGUGGAAAACCUAAGAGAGGAAUUCAUGGAACACACAAAACUUCCAAACAGAUUAAUACUUUGCAUUGUAAAAUAAACCCAGGCGCCACCGGGGAUAAAUCUCUUGAUAAAAGCCCAAGUAAGACGCGACAUCCACGGAAAGUAGACCUACGUGCUCGUUAUUGGGCUUUCCUUUUUGAUAACCUAAGAAGGGCUGUGGAUGAGAUUUACGUCACGUGUGAAUCUGAUCAAAGCGUUGUUGAGUGCAAGGAAGUGCUCAUGAUGUUGGAUAAUUAUGUGAGAGAUUUUAAAGCACUAAUUGAUUGGAUCCAACUUCAAGAAAAAUUAGAAAAAACUGAUGCGCAGAGCAGACCUACCUCUUUGGCAUGGGAAGUAAAGAAAAUGUCACCAGGACGCCAUGUUCUACCCAGCCCCUCAUCUGACCGGGUCAGCUCCACUUCUAAUGCAAGAAGGGCCCUAAAUUUUGGAGCUUGGAAUGCUUGUCUUCUUUGCAACUGGAUCAUUUCUGUCCUUUAUCAAUUGGAUGCAGAAGGUUGGGAGACUGUACAGAGAGGGAGGCCGGUUCGAUCCAGGUCUGCUGUGAUGACAAACAAGGACCUGCCUCCUGCAGCUUCAGAACAAAGGCCAAAAGACGACAGUGACAAAGAAAACAUGUGUUCUAUGUCUCCAGAAGAGAAAUCAGAAGAGAUCCAGAAAUCAGAGCGUCCUCCUGUCCUUGUUGACCCUCCUCCUAAAGAACUACUGUGCCCAUGUGAACUUCCUCUGAUGGAAAUAACUCCGUACACAGUCCAUAAUGCUUUGGGAGAAAUUAAAACUGCAGGGACAUUUCCCAAGAAAGACGUUCCUUCACUACCCUCUUUGGACAUCCCUGUUGUAUUUCUAGACCCGCUGUCCAAAAUGCGGAAGGCAGAGAUGACAUCCACCUGCUCAGACUCUGUCCUAGUUGGAGGAUGCAAGCCAGACUGUGAAAUGGACCUUUCAAACGUGAGUGCUGGAAAAUUGUCGAUGGCAGAGGUUCUUGCCAAAAAGGAAGAGCUGGCUGACAGACUGGAGAAGGCCAACGAGGAGGCUAUAGCAAGUGCUAUUGCAGAGGAGGAACAGUUAACGAGAGAGAUUGAAGCAGAAAACAAUGAUAUUGAAAUUGACAACGAGAGCGACUUCUCCGCGAGCAUCGGCAGUGGAUGCAUGUCGUUCAGUGGCAUGUCGAUGGAUUGGAAUGAGGUUCUAGCAGAUUAUGAAGCUCGCGAGUCAUGGAGGCAGACUACGUCUUGGGGAGAUAUAGUGGAGGAGGAGCCAUCGAGACCCCCGGGCCAUGGAAUUCACAUGCAUGAAAAACUUUCUUCACCAUCAAGAAAAAGAACUAUUGCUGAAUCAAAAAAGAAGCAUGAAGAGAAACAGCUAAAAGCUCAGCAACUGAGAGAGAAGCUCCGGGAAGAGAAAGCUCUCAAACUGCAAAAGUUGUUAGAACGGGAGAAGGAAGUUUGCAAGUGGAAGGAAGAAUUACUAGAACAGAGACGAAAAAUGAUGGAUGAGAAAUUACUACAUGCAGAGUUUAAGAGGGAUAUACAGUUACAGGCUAUAGUUAAGAAGGCACAGGAAGAGGAAGCAAAGGUAAAUGAAAUUGCUUUCAUUAACACCUUGGAAGCUCAGAACAAGCGACAUGAUGUCCUAGCAAAACUGAAAGAGUAUGAGCAAAGGCUGAAUGAGCUACAGGAUGAAAGGCAGCGAAGACAGGAGGAGAAGCAAGCUCGUGAUGAGGCUGUGCAGGAACGUAAGCGUGCCCUAGAAGCUGAGCGUCAGGCUCGUGUUGAAGAACUACUGAUUAAGAGGAAAGAACAAGAAGCUCGUAUAGAAAUGCAGCGCCAAGAAAAGGAAAAAGCACGUGAAGAUGCUGCUAGAGAGCGAGCUAGGGACAGAGAAGAGAGAAUGGCAGCACUGACAGCAGCCCAGCAAGAAGCCAUGGAAGAGCUCCAGAAGAAGAUCCAACUCAAGCAUGACGAGAGUAUCCGAAGGCACAUGGAGCAGAUUGAGCAAAGAAAAGAAAAAGCAGCUGAGCUGAGCAGCGGAAGACACUCUAAUACAGACUAUGCUCCAAAACUCACACCGUAUGAGCGAAAGAAGCAGUGUUCUCUGUGCAGUGUGACAAUUUCAUCUGAGGUUUAUCUCUUCAGUCAUAUUAAAGGCAGAAAGCACCAACUGGCAGUGAGAGAGAACAGCAGCAUCCAAGGCAGGGAGCUGUCAGAUGAAGAAGUGGAACAUCUUUCACUGAAGAAAUACAUAGUAGAUAUUCUCAUAGAAACACCAGCUCCACCAGAGCCCACAAAGGAUGGAGAGGACAAACAAAAAAACAAGAAAAAAGUGAAAAAACUGAAGACUCGAAUGAAUUCCAGAGCAAAAGAGUAUGAAAAUGCGCUAGAAGCUAAAGCCCCUGUAUCUGACUCUCCUUACAAAGCUAAGUUGCAGAGAAUCACAAAAGAUCUUCAGAAGCAGCUUCAGGCUCAGGAUAAUGGAAUUUGGGCCACAAAUAAAGUGUCUGCUUUGGAUAGAGCACUGGGCGAGAUCUCCCGGAUCCUUGAAAAGCAGGUUAGUCAAGACAACAGAAAUGUCCAAAACAAUGAGCAUAGAUCUGUAAAGGAUAUAGUUCUUUUGUGGUCUCUUUGCAAUGCUGUGAAUAUUUACAACCUGGCAUGCAUUAACUGCCCAGAAAACUGUACCUAUGUCCUCUUCAGCAGCAAAAUCACAUUCCUUCUGGAACUUUUGAUGCAUCAGUUAUCGCUAUUUGUUCCAGAUGAAGAUAAGACCAUCUUAGGAAGAAAUGUUAAUAAGCAGGUCUUCGAUAGUCUGGCUACUGCAAUUCUUCAGCUUUGUUCAAGAAUUUGUGCAAGCCUCACAUCUAGUCAUCCAGGAGGAAGCAGUCAAGUGGAUUCACAGAAAACAAAACAAGAAGCCAAAACCAAAUUGUCACCAGCAGAAGCCUUCGAUGUACGGGUACAAGAUGUUAUCAGUUACACCGUGAAUCUGGGGCUAAUCGAAAAGUUGGGCAGCUGUUUCCUUUCUAUACAAGAUCCGCUUGAUGAAAACCCCAAAAUCUCUGCAUUCCUCCGAGGAGCUACAGGCCUUUUACAGGAAUUAUGCAGGCUUUGCAUGUCUCUUACUGGAAGCAAGUCUUGGAACAUAUUUGAUAAUUCACAGGAUCCCACUGGACUGUCAGUAGCUCUGCAGAACUCAGACCUUGUUGGUGUUCUUCACAUGCUUUACUGUGCACUUUUCCAUGGUUCGACAAAUGACGUAAAUAGUUCCGCCCCCAAGGAGACCUUUGAACAAAACACUAUCAAAGUGGCAACUCACAGUCUGCGAUUUCUCAACAGUUUUGCUAGACUUCAUCUCCAAGCUUUCCAGUCUAUUGUAGGUGCAGAAGGCCUCUCUCUUGCAUUCCGGCAUGUGAUCAGUUCUCUACUUUGGUUUUGCUCACAAUAUACAUGUGAUGAACUGCUUCACGAAAUAAUCGUUUGUGUUGGAUACUUCACAGUUAACCACCCUGACAAUCAGGUUAUUGUCCAGUCUGGUCGACAACCCACGGUACUGCAGAAACUUUGCCAGCUCCCCUUCCAGUAUUUUAGUGACUCCCAACUUGUCCGGCUCCUAUUUCCUACAUUGAUUUCUGCCUGCUACAACAAUCCCCAGAACAGAUUGAUUCUAGAACAGGAACUCAGCUGUCAGCUCCUUGCUACUUUCAUUCAGGAUUGUUUGGAAAGAUCAAGUCACCCUGACAGCAAAACCUCUGAACACAAAGACAGUUCUCAACAGUACUUGGAAUUCAGCAAUCGUUUCCCACGUCAGUGCUGGGAACAGUCUCGACAGUUUUUCUUGAAAAAAGAAGACUAGUUUCAAAUAUGCACAUUCAUUUUUUAAUUUCAACUUUUAAUAUAAAUCAAGUUGGAACACACUUGGUAUGCGCAACAAAUGUACAGAAUUGUAAUACUCAAUGUAAUUUAAUUAUAAGUAAUAUUCUAGUCUAUAAAUACUUUAAUGUGUAAUGUGCAUUAUUUAUACGUUGUGUGUAGAUACAGUGUGGUGUGUGAUUUUUGCAAGUACGUUUCUGAUAAUCAGAAAUUAAGUGAUACUCUUGGUUAUUCUAUUACAUAGCCCUUUUAUUGUAAGAGGAACCUGUAACAACCUUAUGUUCCUCCAGCAGAGUUAUAGUUACAAUACCAAGAGACUAAAAUAUCAACACUGACAAUAUGUAAACAAAUUCAUUUGUAUGAAUAUGGACAUUUCUAUAUAUAUCUCAAAAUAAAAUAACUUAUUAUAUUA